UAAACAUGAAACUGUUGCUUUUAGUUUGCUCUGUGGCUUUUGUCGCAGCAAGUGGCAAUGACAAUGACACCUACCACUUGUCCGAGCAGGAGCAGCCACAGCCCGAAAACAUCAUCACCAAUGGCUAUCCUGCCUAUGAGGGCAAGGCGCCUUACAUUGUGGGCCUCAUGAUAGGCAGGGACAACAGCAACGUUCGGAGUGUCUGCGGCGGCAGCAUCAUCGCCCACACUUGGGUGCUGACCGCCAGGCAUUGCCUCACCAGCGCAGACUAUGCGGACAUACACUACGGCUCCAAUCGUGGCUGGCAAGGCCAAUUCUAUCACAAGGUGCGCAAGCAGCACUUUAUACUGCACCACAAUGAGCAGAACGAUGUGGCCGUCAUACGUACGCCUUAUGUGGACUUCACAUCGCUCGUCAACAAGGUCCAACUGCCCAAGCUGAGUCAGCGCAACGAACGCUUCGUCAACUGGUGGGCCGUGGCCUGCGGCUGGGGCGGCAUGGCUAAUGGCAAACUGGCCGAUUGGCUGCAGUGCAUUGACAUUCAGAUCAUCAGCAAUGAGGAGUGCGCCAGAACCUACGGCAGUCUGCCCAAUCAAGUGUUGUGCACCCGAACCACAGGCGGCACUGCAACCUGCGGUGGCGACUCUGGUGGCCCCUUGGUCACCCACGACAAUCCCAUUCUGGUGGGCAUUACUGCGUUUGGUGUCUCCGGAGCCUGCGACGCUGGAAAUCCAGAUGGAUACAUGCGUGUAACCCACUACUUGGACUGGAUACGCGAGAAAACGGGCGUGUUUUAUUAAAUUGAUAUACAAUUGAACUCAAAUAAGCAGAAACUGCAAUAUGAACUACAUUUAAAUAUUGUUUUAUGUUAUAGCUAAAAACUUAUUUCAGUUUAUGCAGCAUUGGAGAUUGAGAUUGGAAAUAAACAAUACAAUUCUGUAAGAAGCGAACUGGAACAAGAUCUAAUGUAAAAUCUAUUUAAGCUCUGC